AUCAUUCCAGUUUGGCAACUUCACCUGUAGUGCUGUUUUAAUCAAGCUGCCCACAGUCCCCCAAUCACUCCUGGAAUACAGCGGUGAGAGGCAGCAGCUUGCUAAGUGGACAAGGAUGCUGGGCGUGAGGGACCAAGGCCCGCCCUGCACUCGGGCCUCCUCCAGCCAGUGCUGACCAGGGACUUCUGACCUGCUGGCCACCCAGGACCUGUGUGGGGAGGCCCUCCUGCUGCCUUGGGGUGACAAUCUCAGCUCCAGGCUACAGGGAGACUGGGAGGAUCACAGAGCCAGCAUGGAUCCUGACAGUGAUCAACCUCUGAACAGCCUUGAUGUCAACCCCCUGCGCAAACCCCGUACCCCCAUGGAGACCUUCAGAAAGGUGGGGAUCCCCAUCAUCGUAGCACUACUGAGCCUGGCGAGUAUCAUCAUUGUGGUUGUCCUCAUCAAGGUGAUUCUGGAUAAAUACUACUUCCUCUGCGGGCAGCACCUCCACUUCAUCCCAAGGAAGCAGCUGUGUGACGGGGAGCUGGACUGUCCCUUGGGAGAGGAUGAGGAGCACUGUGUCAAGAGCUUCCCCGAAGGGCCUGCAGUGGCAGUCCGCCUCUCCAAGGACCGAUCCACCCUGCAGGUGCUGGACCCGGCCACAGGCAACUGGUUCUCUGCCUGCUUCGACAACUUCACAGAAGCUCUGGCCGAGACAGCCUGCAGGCAGAUGGGCUACAGCAGCAAACCCACUUUCAGAGCUGUGGAGAUUGGCCCAGACCAGGAUCUGGAUGUUGUUGAAAUCACAGAAAACAGCCAGGAGCUUCAUGUGAGGAACUCAAGUGGGCCCUGUCUCUCAGGCUCCCUGGUCUCCCUGCACUGUCUUGCCUGUGGGGAGAGCCUGAAAACCCCCCGUGUGGUGGGCGGGGAGGAGGCCUCUGUGGAUUCUUGGCCUUGGCAGGUCAGCAUCCAGUACGACAAACAGCACGUCUGUGGAGGGAGCAUCCUGGACCCCCACUGGGUCCUCACAGCAGCCCAUUGCUUCAGGAAACAUACCGAUGUGUUCAACUGGAAGGUGCGGGCCGGCUCAGACAAACUGGGCAGUUUCCCAUCCCUGGCUGUGGCCAAGAUCAUCAUCAUUGAAUUCAACCCCAUGUACCCCAAAGACAAUGACAUCGCCCUCAUGAAGCUGCAGCUCCCACUCACUUUCUCAGGCACGGUCAGGCCCAUCUGCCUGCCCUUCUUUGAUGAGGAGCUCACUCCAGCCACCCCACUCUGGAUCAUUGGAUGGGGCUUUACAAAGCAAAAUGGAGGGAAGAUGUCUGACAUACUGCUGCAGGCGUCAGUCCAGGUCAUUGACAGCAUACGGUGCAAUGCAGACGAUGCGUACCAGGGGGAAGUCACCGAGAAGAUGGUGUGUGCAGGCAUCCCGGAAGGGGGUGUGGACACCUGCCAGGGUGACAGUGGUGGGCCCCUGAUGUACCAAUCUGACCAGUGGCAGGUGGUGGGCAUCGUUAGCUGGGGCUAUGGCUGUGGGGGCCCGAGCACCCCAGGAGUGUACACCAAGGUCUCAGCCUAUCUUAACUGGAUCUACAAUGUCCGCAAGGCUGAGCUGUAGUGCUGCUGCCCCUUUGCAGUGCUGGGAGCCGCGUCCUUCCUGCCCUGCCCACCUGGGGAUCCCCAAAGUCAGACACAGAGCAAGAGCCCCCUUGGGUACACCCCUCUGCCCACAACCUCAGCAUUUCUUGGAGCAGCAAAGGGCCUCAAUUCCUGUAAGAGACCCUCACAGCCCAGAGGCGCCCAGAGGAAGUCAGCAGCCCGAGCUCAGCCACACUUGGUGCUCCCAGCAUCCCAGGGAGAGAUGCGGCCCACUGAACACGCCAGCCUGCAGGCCAAGGUCUCAGGGGUAUUGCUAAGCCAAGAAGGAACUUUCCCACACUACUGAAUGGAAGCAGGCUGUCUUGUGAAAGCCCAGAUCACUGUGGGCUGGAGAGGAGGAGGAAAGGGUCUGUGCCAGCCCUGUCCGUCUUCACCCAUCCCCAAGCCUACUGGAGCAAGAAACCAGUUGUAAUAUAAAAUGCACUGCCCUACUGUUGGUGUGAUUACUGUUACCGACUGUUGUUAUUGUUAUUACAGCUAUGGCCACUAUUAUUAAAGAGCUGUGUGACAUCUCUGG